GCCGACGUCUGAUAAAGCAAGAGUCACCUCAACCAUGUCUGAGUACCACAAACCCGAUACUAACAACCUUCAGGAACUGAGGGACAUCGCAAACAAGCUACGCGUCCAUUCCAUCCGAUCGACGUCGGCCAGUAACUCAGGGCAUCCAACAUCAUGUGCAUCUAUGGCAGAGAUCAUGUCUGUGCUCUUUUUCCACACAAUGCGCUACAAGCUCUCGGCUCCCAAGGAUGCCAGCUCAGACAGGUUCAUUCUGUCCAAGGGUCAUGCAGCUCCCAUCCUCUAUGCUGCAUGGGCUGAGGCAGGUCUAUUCCCCACUGAGGAGUUGAUGAACCUGCGUAAGAUCGACAAUGAUCUUGAGGGCCAUCCCACUCCUCGCCUCAACUUUGUGGAUGUGGCCACUGGCUCAUUGGGUCAGGGUCUCUCUGUAGCUUGUGGCAUGGCCUAUGUGGGCAAGUUUUAUGACAAAGCUUCUUACAGGACCUACUGUCUCAUUGGUGAUGGUGAAAGUGCUGAGGGCAGCAUCUGGGAGGCUUUGAGCUUUGCAGGAAUCAAGAAGCUGGACAAUCUGGUGGCCAUUUUUGACAUCAAUCGUCUUGGUCAGUCAGAGCCCACAGCCUUCCAACAUGACAUGGAUGCUUACCGCUCCCGCCUCGAAGGUUUUGGCUGGAAUACCUUGGUUGUGGAUGGCCAUGAUAUUGAGGCUAUUUGCAAGGCAUUCCAUGAAGCUUCUCAGACAAAGGGCAAGCCCACAUGCCUGCUUGCCAAGACUUACAAAGGCAAAGGGUUCCCUGCCAUUGAAGAUGCAGAGAACUGGCAUGGCAAGCCCCUGGGAGCCAAAGCAGAGGAGGUCAUUGCUGCCAUUGAAGGUCAGAUCAAGAAUCCUGGACCCAACAACCUUGUACCUCAGAAGCCACUUCACGAAGAUGCACCUAAAGUUGAUAUAAGCAACAUUCAACUAGCCAGCCCUCCAAAGUACAACAAAGGUGACAAGGUAGCCACAAGACAGGCAUAUGGCACUGCUCUCUCCAAGCUUGCUGAAAACAACCAAAGGGUAAUUGCUCUUGAUGGUGACACAAAGAACUCGACUUUCUCCAAUGCCAUGUUAAAGACGGAUCCUGCCAGGUACAUCGAGUGCUUCAUUGCUGAACAGAAUUUGGUUGGAGUUGGAAUUGGAGCAGCUUGCCGAGACCGCACUGUUGCUUUUGUCUCGACCUUCGCUGCAUUCUUCACUCGCGCAUUUGACCAAUUGCGAAUGGGUGCUAUUUCUCAGACCAACAUCAACUGUGUGGGAUCUCAUGCUGGCAUCAGCAUUGGUGAAGAUGGUCCAAGCCAGAUGGCACUGGAGGAUUUGGCAAUGUUCCGCAGCAUUCCCUCAUCCACUGUCUUCUACCCCUCUGAUGCUGUGUCUACUGAGCGUGCCUGUGAGCUUGCUGCCAACACUCCUGGGCUCUGCUUCAUUCGUACUUCUCGCCCAGGAACAGCUGUUGUCUAUGACAAUGAUCAUCAGUUCGAAAUUGGCAAGGGUAAUGUAAUCAUGUCAUCAGACAGUGACAAGGUGCUGGUGAUUGGUGCUGCCAUCACCUUAAGGGAAGCUAUGACUGCUGCUGAUCAAAUGGCUUCUGAGGGAAUCAAUCUGCGUGUCAUGGAUCUCUUCACCAUUAAGCCCAUUGACAAGGAGGGCAUUAUCAAAAAUGCUGUGAGGUGGUGGUCGCAAUCGGGGGAGGAUCAUUAUGCAGAAGGAACUGUCCCACUAAACCCCUGGGGGUCAGAUAGAGGCUCCUCCCCACUACAGGAAUCCAUUAACCCCUGGGGUCCAGAUCCUUUUUUCGAGAACAGGAGGUCCAAGUUGUCACCUCCAGGACGUUGUCCCACAAGGACGUUUUCCUUAUCACAAUAUUCUUGGUCUCCCGUUCGCUACCAAUUACUUGGUACCCAGGAAUCGCACGAGGAGGCCGGAGACCGGAGAUUUCCGUAG